CUAUCUCCACGAGCCUCUUUCAACGUCGAGCGUUCCCGUGCGCCUGUUGGUCUCGUUUGACGCAUAAAUUCGUGAAUUUCACAAAAUGGGUGAAACUUUACAACUCCGAGGCACCCUUCUUGGGCAUAAUGGCUGGGUCACGCAGAUUGCUACAAACCCCAAGUACCCGGAUACUAUUUUGUCUGCUAGUCGUGACAAGACGCUUAUCGUAUGGAAGCUGACUCGUGAUGAGACUCAGUACGGUGUACCACUGAAACGUCUCUAUGGCCACAGCCACUUCAUUUCCGAUGUUGUGCUCUCAUCUGAUGGCAACUAUGCCUUGUCUGGCUCCUGGGACAAAACCCUUCGCCUAUGGGAUCUUGCCGCUGGCAAAACGACUCGCCGUUUUGAGGAUCACACCAAGGACGUUUUGAGCGUUGCCUUCUCCGUGGACAACCGUCAGAUUGUCUCUGGUUCACGCGACAAAACAAUCAAGCUGUGGAACACCCUUGCCGAGUGCAAGUACACCAUUCAAGAUGAUGGCCACUCUGACUGGGUGUCAUGCGUGCGUUUCUCACCAAACCACUCAAACCCAAUCAUUGUCUCGGCCGGUUGGGAUCGCAUGGUUAAGGUGUGGAAUCUGACCAACUGCCGUCUAAAGAUCAACCAUUCUGGUCACACUGGCUACUUGAAUACUGUGACUGUCAGUCCUGACGGUUCGCUGUGUGCCAGCGGUGGCAAGGACUGCAAGGCGAUGCUUUGGGACCUCAAUGAUGGAAAGCAUCUGCACACCCUCGACCAUAACGAUAUCAUCUCUGCGCUUUGCUUCUCGCCCAAUAGAUAUUGGCUGUGCGCCGCAUUUGGCCCCUCUAUCAAAAUCUGGGAUCUGGAGAGCAAGGAAAUGGUCGAGGAGCUGCGUCCGGAAGUGGUGUCACAGACAAGCAAGGCUGAGCCGCCACAAUGUCUGUCGCUGGCAUGGUCCACCGACGGCCAAACCCUCUUUGCCGGCUACUCUGAUAACACUAUCAGGGUAUGGCAAGUGAGCAUUCCUUCGGCGCGAUAGAUUGAUUCAGUGAAUCUGCGUGCCGUCGUUGCGUUGUAUUUAGACGUUAAGUAAAUACAUAAAAUAAAUUGCUAA